AUGUCUUCCAGGAGAAAACGCGAUAAAUCUUCUGCAACUUCUUCACCCUUCAAUAUUGAUCAACCUGCAAAGCGUGUCACACGUUCAUCCGUGCGAAUCAGACAACAUCAAGAACAAAUCCAAGCUGAAGCUUCUUCAUCACUGCCAUCAGGUACUACCUCUUCGUCCUCAUCACCCAUAAAGCGGGAAAAACCUCCGCCCAAGCCAUCAAAGAUGAGUAGACAGCAACCAAUUGUAAUCGAUGAUUCUGAAGAGGAAGAAGAAGAAUCCUUUUUUACUGGAUCUGACGGUGAAGAUAUAGAAGUAGAUGACAACAUGCAAGCCGCUAUCAGCGCUUCAAUACAAGACCAGAUAGACAAUCAUACUUCAGCUAAGCAGGUAAACAUGAACAGUCUCCCUUCACCUGCUCCAACGGCAGAUGUGAGCAGUGGAAGAGAAGGAUGGAAGAACGAUGUCAGUGUCUCCAAACUGACAUGGGGUGUGGAAGGCCCAAUAGAAGGUUAUGCUGGAAUGUUGGCAACGAUCAAACGUGAAGAAGAUGACUCCAUUUUGUUCAAGCUGGAAUACGAGGACCUCGAUGGCAGAGAAGUCAAAUUCACUGUUAACAUUGUAUUUCACGGUAUCACCACCUAUCCUGCUUCUUACAAACUGUUGAUUUUCUCUUCGGAUGAUCCUCCUCGUAGAGCAAGCACUACCUUUUCCCGGUUCACCGAUGUUUACGAUCAAGAUAUUCCUUUUCUCCUUCGAUCUCUCCUAUCCUCCCUUCAGGGAGACGACGAGGCGACAGGAGGAUUUCCACCUGCUUUCGAUGAGAUUGAAUAUGGUGAGGAAGAUAUGAUCGAUCCUUGGGCCGAAAAUGGUCCAGGAAGAGGCCUUGAAACGGCCAAAGGAUCUCAAGUCGAUCUGGGAGCCGGGUGGAUACAGCUUAAAGACCAUUUUGAACAAGCCAAGAAGUGGGGAUAUCGACCGGGUCUAACACAAGUUUCAGAUUUCUGGCUUAGAACAGCAUUCGGACUCGAUUGGAAGACAGCCGAUAUGGUUGGUAUGGAUGAAGAGGAAUCUCGUCAAGUCUUCCAGCAUAACAAAAUGCCAAAAAUGGUAGGGAAGGCAGAGAAGGGCGAUCCUGUCGCCAAAGGUUGCGAGCAGAAUCUCCCACUUGUAGCAUUUCACUGGAUAUUGAGAAGAUUUAUGGAAGCGCCGCAGUAUUGCUUGAACUGCGGCCUCGAAGUCCAGAUUCCGUGUCUUAGACCGUAUGUCUGUGAUAAACCUUUAUGUCUUUACGGUUUUAUGAGUCUUGGACUUGGCCCUUCAGUCGAGCACACAAUCACUACUCACCCAGGCGUGGUCGAUAUCCUCCUCUCAUUCGCCUAUUGUGCUGCAUCUUCGGGAACGACUAACAGGAUGGAAUUACCUCUUCACUUGCAUAUCGAAGUACCUGCAGACUUUGGUAUCCCUGCACCGCAACUUUUAGAUGAACUCCCUGCAGCAGAUCAGCGGCGAGCUUUGGCGUGGCUUAUCGGGAAGCUACCUCGAGUAUCUGAAAUCAAAGCAACACUCGACUCUGGAGGUAAACUCAAAUCUAUCGAAGCUCCACCAGGGGCUAUCGGGGUCCUUCGUUGGGUGAUUGGCUCAUGUAGAGCGUAUCUGAAGGAAACCAAGCCAGGCGAAGGAGUGCAGGACAUCAAGCCUAGCAAAGAGUAUAGUGUCGUAACCAAUUUCAAACAAUUUACAUUCGUAGUAGGAUCACCUGAACAGGAAACCAAUUUCAAAAAUGAGAUUGAGAUGGCUCAAAAAGCGGAUAAGAAUUGUCAGCAGUACCCAUCGCUUUUAGCUUUUCAUGGGUCUCCUGCUGAAAGAUGGCACAAUAUCCUUCGAACUGGUCUUGAUUUCACGGAAACACUCAAUGGAAGAGCAUUCGGAAAUGGAGUUUAUUUCGCUUCGGAUUCCGCUACCUCUAUGGGUACCUAUGCAAGAGAAAUUCAUUUUGUCAGACCCAACGCAGAUUAUACGGUUAGCAAAGCGACUGCAUUGGUAGAGAUCGUAAACAUGCCUCACACGUUUGUUAGCCAAAACCCGUAUUAUGUCGUCAGUAUCACAAAACAAAUCAAACCUUUUCUCUUGCUUGUUCAAGGAACUGAACAGAAAGAAAACCCUGAGGACGACCAGAAAGGUUUAGGGAAAAGCGUGGAAUGCACGGGGAAUCUCUUUAUUCACGAUCCUACGCUCAAAGUGAGCCCUAAAAUGAAUUUUGGGCCAUUGAAAGUUAGAAUGCCGGAGAAAUUGAAACGAACUAAAUUCAAGGAUAACGAUCCAGACGAUAAGACGGAUCGUGACAUUCUCCAUCCUCCGGCCAAUUCAAGCAAAGCAGCCAAGUGCAAUGAAAAUGGUUUCAACCCUUCUCCUCAAAGUCGAUAUGAAGGACUAGAGUUAUUACCGCCACCAUCCGAGACCAGCACUGUGGCCAAUAAAUCGUUGGGCAAAGAGUUCAAAGCUCUGAUCAGCGCUCAGGAGGAAGGCGGAUUACCAUUCUAUAUCAAUCCGGACACAGACAGCCUGUACUGCUGGCUGCUCGAGCUUCAUACUUUCCCUCCAGACUCACAUCUAUACAAAGAGCUGAAACAGCGUAAAGUGCAAUCGAUCAUUGUCGAGCUCCGAUUCCCAUCUUCUUUCCCUCACAGUCCACCGUUCAUGAGAAUCCUACAUCCAAGGAUGCUGCCUUUCAUGCAGGGUGGAGGAGGCAAUGUCACUGGAGGGGGAAGUAUCUGUAAUGAACUCAUGACCGCCACCGGGUGGAAUCCUGCUUUUGUCACUGAAGCUGUGGUUAGAGAAGUUAUGACAAACUUAACCGAAGCUACGCCCCCUGCUCGACUUGAUCCUCGUGAAUGGAAUACACCUUACAACAUGCGAGAAGCUGUUGACGCUUAUAAGAGGGUUGCGAAAGCGCACGGCUGGGAAGUCCCGAAGGAUUUCGAUCGGCUUGCUCUUUAG